GCUGAGGAUUGUCUUGUGUUGGCUCAGAGCAGAGAGAAGCUCAGCGUUCACACGACCUGCUGCUGAUCUUCAUCACUAUCCUCUUCUUCAUCCUCUUCAUCAUCAUCAUCAUCAUCGUCGUCACAGAGACAAACAGCCGAGCACACACAGAUUAUUUCAUCCAGUUAAUCUCUGAUUUUAGAGAGAGGACAGAGACGGAGACAGAGACCAUGUGGAGACACAAGUGAUGAUGCUGAGUUUGGGUGUUCAGUUCCUCCUCUGAAACUGAUGCUGCUGCUGCUGCUGCUGCUUAUCUCACUGCUGCUGCUGCUGCUGCUGCUGCUGCUGCUGCUGCUGUUGUCAUGGUUUUCUCAGAGUGACAUCAAAGUUUCUUCGGGGAGAUUUUUCUCACUUCACACCUGCUGUUUUACUCUGAGGCUGAAGACGACUGCUCUGAUCUGACACCAGAGACAGAGACAGGACACCAGGAGACACCAGGGGACACCAGGGGACAGACACAGACACCAGGAGACAGACACAGACAGACAUGAACUGUGGACAUAAACUGCUGCUGCUGCCGCUGCUGCUGAGCGUCUCUUUCAUCACUUUGACCUCAGGUUCCCGCGCUCGCGUCGAGGACCUCGCGCCUCGGAUCGUGGAGGAUCCCUCGGAUUUGAUCGUCUCUAAAGGAGAACCCGCCACGCUCAACUGUAAGGCCGAGGGUCGACCCGCCCCGACCAUCGAGUGGUUUAAAGACGGCGAGCGUGUGGAGACGGACAAAGACGACCCUCGCUCGCACCGCAUGCUCCUGCCCAGAGGAUCGCUCUUCUUCCUGCGCAUCGUCCACGGACGCCGCAGCAAACCUGACGAGGGCGUUUACACCUGCGUCGCACGCAACCACGCGGGCGUCGCCGUGAGUCGCAACGCGUCGCUGGAAGUCGCCACUCUGAGAGAUGAUUUCCGCCAGGCGCCCAGUGACGUGGUGGUGGCUGCAGGAGAACCUGCCGUCCUCGACUGUGUUCCUCCACGUGGUCAUCCUGAACCCAGCGUCUACUGGAAACGCAACAACGUCCGAGUCAGCAGCAAAGAUGAACGCAUGACUAUGCGCAGCGGCAAACUGAUGAUCUCUCAGACCAGGAAGAGCGACGCUGGCAUGUUUGUGUGUGUGGGGACAAACAUGGUUGGAGAGAGGGACAGUGAUCCUGCAGAGCUGGUGGUCUACGAGCGACCCGUGUUGGUGCGAAGGCCGGUGAACCAGGUGGUGAUGGAGGAGGAGACGGUAGACUUCCUAUGUGAGGUCCAUGGAGAUCCUGCUCCCACUGUGCGAUGGCGCAGGGAGGAAGGAGAACUUCCCCGUGGGAGGUUUGAGAUCAGGAACAGUAACAGUCUGCGUUUGUUGCGUGUGAAGGAGGAAGACGAGGGGACGUACACGUGCACGUCAGAGAACAGCGUGGGGAAGACGGAGGCGUCGGCCGUGCUGCAGGUCCACGUUCCUCCUCAGAUCAGCUCGAAGCCCAGAGACCAGAUCACAACUCAGGGAAGCAGCAUCACCUUCUACUGCAGCUCCACAGGAAAUCCUCCACCCGCCAUCUUCUGGCAAAAAGAGGGCAGUCAGAUGUUGCUGUUCCCCGGUCAGCCCCCGUCACAGUCGGGUCGUUACUCCGUGUCCAUGGGCGGAGCUUUGACCAUCACUGACGUCCAUCCUGACGACUCUGGCUUCUACAUGUGUCAGGCCAUCAGUGUGGCAGGAAGUGUGCUGACCAAAGCGCUGCUGCAGGUGGAGGGAGGUCCAUCAGGUCGUGUGCCUCCCAUCAUUGGUCAAGGUCCAGCCAAUCAGACGGUGUCUCGCGGUGCAACGGCACAGCUGCAGUGUCGGGUCAUCGGAGGACCUUCAGUCCAGAUUUCAUGGAAGAAGAAUGGAGAAAAACUUCAGGGGAACAAACCGAGACUGACUCUGAUGGAGAACGGCACGUUACAGAUCUCUGACAUAAAGGACUCAGACUCAGGGACAUACAUGUGUGUCGUGUCCAGUUCUACAGGAGAAACCAGCUGGACCGGGACACUGACCAUCAGAGAGGAUGGAGGUCCUCCAGUGUCCAGAGUCUCUGAGUUCCUUCAGCUUCCAGGACCUCCUCACAAACCUCUGGUGACAGAUGUCACCAAAAACACCGUCACUCUCACCUGGCAGUCCAACCCACAUGAGGGCGGAGCCGCGGUCACCGCAUACGUCAUCCAAGCCUUCAGUCAGUCCGUGGGCAGCAGCUGGCAGACGGUGGCUGAUCACGUGCAGCAGGAGCGCCACACAGUGGUGGAACUUUUACCAAACACCGUUUAUCUCUUUAUCGUCCGAGCGGUCAACUCCUACGGCCUCAGUGACCCCAGUCCUAUCUCUGAACCUGUCAGGACUCACGACGGGAGUCCUUCAGUCCAGACCGUGGACCACAGACAGGUGCAGAGAGAUUUAGGAGAAGUUUCUGUUUACCUGCAGAAACCCGUGGUUCUGUCUCCAACCAGUGCCAGGAUUUCCUGGACUGUGGCUCGUCAGUCUCGCCACGUUCAGGGUUUCCGGGUUUUUUACCGGACCAUCGGCAGCUCGUGGUUGGUCCAGGACGUGAAGGCCACGUCUGACCUCAGCAGCAUCUUAGAAGAUCUGAAGAGCAGCACCGAGUAUGAGGUGAAGAUCCGGCCAUACUUUAACGAGCUGCAGGGACACGACAGCCUCAUGGUUCUGCUGAGAACUCCUGAGGAAGUGGUGAGUGCGCCCCCUCAGGCGGUUUCCGUGGUUCAGCUCACCAACAGCUCGAGCAUCAGUGUUUCAUGGGAACCUCCCCCUCACACAGUUCACAGUGGAAUCAUCCGUGAAUACAAGAUCUGGUGUCUGAGCAGGGACAGACACAGGGACAGGGACCUGGACAGUGUGGACCAGGAGAAGCAGCAGAUCAACAGAACAGUGGACGGAGCGGUUCUGUCCAUCCUUCUCUCCGGUCUGCGUCCUGACGUCCACUACACUGUGACUGUGGCUGCUGUGACCGAGCUGGGUCAGGGAUCUGUGAGUCCUCCUGUCCAUCUGAUCCUCACUGUCCCUCUGGAGAAGUCUCUGACGCCUGUGGACAAAGACGCUGACCUCAGCUUAUCGGAGCAGAUCAGCAGCGUGCUGUUUAAGCCCGCCUUCAUCGCAGGAGUGGGUGUGGCCGUGUGGUUGAUGGUGACGAGUGUCGGCGUUUGGUUUUACUGUCGUCACCGCAGCAGCAAACAGCUGGGACAUUACAGCACAUCCUUCGCCUACACACCAGCAGUUGGAUUUGCUCACGGUGAAGGAUCUGGGAUGUUAAACGGACGGCCCAGCUUGUUGGGCUCAAACAUGGGGAAUUAUCCGUGGCUCGCAGAUUCAUGGCCAACUCCAAACCUGGACUCUGUCAAGUUCAACUCAGGAAAACUGGACUCAGACAAAUAUUACAACACAGUUUCAGGUUUGAACUUCAAGAACCAGACGGAGUCUAACGAGAGUCCGAUCUACAGCACCAUCAACACCUCUGCUGCUGCUGCAGACCACGAGCUGCUCACCUACUACGACACCUACUGUAGCUCCUCCUACAACCAGGGUCCAGACCCCUACAGCAGCAACCCGGUACUGCUGGGUCUGGACCAGGACUUGGACCAGUGGACCAUCCAGUCCGGGUCUGAAUAUGCCAAACUGCAGUACAGUAAGAAACACAUCGACAAACUGAUGACACAGAAGUCGACGGGCUCCUCGUCUCAGUCAGCUCCUCUCACCUGGAUGGACGUGAUGUCACUUCCUGUUCCUGCUAAUGAGGACAAGUGUCUGACAAAGAGAGAAGAAGAAGAGCAACUCAGCUUUGAUGAGGAUGAUGAUGAAGACGAGGAUGACUGGUGUCCCCCACUUCCUGUGAGGACUUAUCUGAUGGACACGUCCAGAGAUGAAGUGUCCGUCCUGUCAUCUAAAGCAGAUCAUCUGUUUUACCAGCCCAGCGACUCCUCACCCUCUCAUCACUGUCACUUAUUCACUCACCCUCAUCAUCAUCAUCAUCACCUCAGCUCACAGGUUUCUCAAUCAAACCCAGAUCUGUUCACCGUGAACCAGAGCCGCGACGCCACUGAGGUUCACAGCAGCAGAGCUGCUGAUUUCAGCCUCACCGCUCACACACACAGAACCAGGAGUAAGAAGAAAACACACAAGGACGAGAGAGAGACACACGUUCAAGCAGAUACGAUUAUAAUCCCACAUGGUCAGUCCACUUUCCUGCCCAGCGUCCACAUGUCAGGCUACGGGUCACUGGGAGGGGGCGGAGUCUUUCCUGGACAGAGAGACAAGAACCUCAUGUAAAAGGAAGCUGAUCUGAUUUUCUGCUCUGGUUUCCUGGCUGUUGCCGUGGAAACAGACGAGAAUCUGACAACUGAAAGAAAGAAAAUGUUUUUAUUUUAAAUUAUUUUUUAAAAAAAAACCUGUGAUUUUUCUUUUUUUAAAGUGAUUAAAUAAAUAAAUCUGAGGGAAAAUGUGUUUGUAUUAAUGUAACUGUCAGAUUAUUGGAUGUAUCUUCUGUGUGUGUGUGUGUGUGUGUGCAAAUCACCAGUGUGUUGUUGAACUUUUUAAAUUAAAUAAAAACAUUUUUAGUAAAACGUCUGUGUGUGUUGGUGUGUAGUUCACAUGUUCAUG